GUCGUUUUGUGAAUUUAUUCGUCGUCUUUUACGAGAUUUAUCUGGAACGAGGGUAUGUCAACUAGACGAGGAGUUACGGGCAAGUUUGGAGCACUGAGGAUCCUUUAAGGGGCGCGCGUCCACUUCAUCUGCGUCAUGGGCUGCAGCAAGGUGCUAUGGGUGCUGCUUGGGGCGGCUGUCGUCAUCACGUUGAUAACCGUGACGGCGGUUUACUUUAGCAAAUCAGAUGGUCCCAAAAGGCCUUUCACCCUUGAAGACUACUUCAAUGACACAAUUAGGUGGAGAGCCUACAAUCUGUAUUGGAUAUCAGAUAAUGAGUAUCUGCACAAAACGAGAGAUGGGAGCGUCUUCCUUCACAAUGUGGAAACAAACAAGGAGUCACUAUACUUGAGCAAUUCAACCUUUGAUCAAGUGGACGCCACAGACUACCUGUUGUCAGGGGAUCGUAAAUAUGUUGCAUUUGAAAGCAAUUACACAAAGCAAUGGAGACACUCUUACACAGCCUCAUACUCCAUCUAUGACCGGAGCAAUUUGACAUUUUUUGCAAAUGUGAGUUCUCCAGCCGAGGUGCAGUACUUCAGCUGGGCUCCAGUGGGACACAAAUACGCUUACGUGUCGGACAACAACGUCUUUUUAAAACCUGAUGUUACUGCUGAAGCUGUGCAAGUGACCCACAAUGGGAAAAAGAAUGAGAUCCUGAAUGGAGUGCCUGACUGGGUAUAUGAAGAGGAGGUGUUUGCAUCAAACGGAGCAUUGUGGUGGUCUUCAACUGCACGCUACUUGGCCUACGCUGAGUUUAAUGACACGCAGGUUACCAAAGUGGAGUUCUCUAUGUACGGAUCGGAGCAGUACCCUCAAACUGUGGCGAUUCCUUACCCAAAGGCUGGGUCACCUCUGACUAAAGUCAAACUGUUUGUGGUUGAUACUACAAAUCCAUCCCACCGCACCCAGGUGCUCCCCCCUGCUUCUGUUGCAUCUGGCGAUCACCUUUUGAGCUCGGUCACCUGGGUCACAGACGAGCGCGUCGCAGUGCAGUGGCUCCCCAGGAAGCAGAACUACGUGCUCGUGCAGAUCUACGACUUUGACGGAAGCAGCUGGCAAGAAAAACAGAAAUUCGAGCAAACGAGCAAGACGGGCUGGGUCGGCCAUUAUGUCCCAUUGCCUCUUUUCUUUGCCGAAGAUAAACUCAGUUUCUACAAAGUGCUAAGCGACACCAGUGGGUACAAACAUAUUCAUCACAUCAAAGAUGGCAAGGCGACACCUGUGACCUCGGGCAAGUGGGAAGUCAUUUACAUAUCCAAGCUGACAAAAGAUGCCAUAUAUUUUGUCAGUAAUGAACAUCAGGGGGUGCCUGUGAAGAGAAAUCUUUACAAGGCGACUAUCGCAAGCGGAGCUUCCAGCCGUCAGUGCCUCACUUGCGACUUUAACAAAGACAGGUGUCAGUACAACUCGGCCUACCUCAGCACUGAGGCCUCGUACUACCGCAUGGACUGCUACGGACCUGGUUUGCCCCUCUACACGCUCAUUGACAACCGAGGCCCAGGUGCAACAACGCUCUCCACUCUUGAAGAAAACAAGGAAAUCGAAAACAUUCUCACUCAAUUCCAAAUGCCAACAAUGAAGUACGGCACCUUAAAAAUUUCCGGAUUUGAUCUUUGGUAUCAGAUGAUGUUACCCCCUAAUUUUAAAUCAUCCAAACAGUACCCACUUCUUAUUGACGUGUACGGUGGCCCAUGUAGUCAGAUGGUAGACUAUCGUUUCAAGUUGAACUGGGGCACCUUCCUGGCUAGCACCUACGGGAUCAUCGUCGCCAAAUUUGACGGAAGAGGAAGCGGUUACCAAGGCGAUGAGAUCAUGCACGCCAUCUAUCGGCGUCUCGGCACGUUUGAGGUGGAGGAUCAGAUCACGGCAGUCAGAAAAUUUAUUGAUAUGGGUUUUAUUGACAAAGACAGGAUAGCCAUAUGGGGCUGGUCCUAUGGCGGUUACGUCACCUCGAUGGCCCUGGGUGCUGGAACUGGACUUUUUAAGUGCGGAAUUGCAGUUGCCCCAGUCGCCAAGUGGCAAUAUUAUGAUGCUGUGUACACCGAACGCUACAUGGGCACACCGACAGAGAACUCAGACUCUUAUAAGAAUUCCACAGUAACCGCCAGAGCAAAGAAUUUCAGGGGUAUAAAGUAUCUGCUAGUCCACGGCACAGCAGACGACAAUGUCCACUUCCAGCAGGCAGCGCAGAUCUCCAAAGCUCUGGUGGAAGAGCAGGUGGACUUCGAGGCCAUGUGGUACACAGACAAGGACCACUCUCUCACAGGUUCCGCCUUCCACCAUACAUACACCCUCAUGAGUCACUUCCUACAGAAAUGUCUUGUUAAUUCCAAAUAAAUGUGGGGAAAAAUGCAUUUACUUUGAACAUUCUUUCCGACAUAUUAUGUUUAGUUGAAUUCUGUACAUUUUUAUAGGUUUUCUUUUACAGGGAUUUUUUUUUUUUGUCAGAAAAAUGUUGCAUUGACUAUUUUUAAAUAAAUUAGAGAGACUCAAAGGGAUUGUGUAUGAGUUGUUAAUGUGAUUAUCAUAAGCCUUAGGUUCACUGCAAAUGAAGUUCUCAU